UCCGCUCUCGCCUGCUUCAUUCGCCGUCAAAUUCAGCGGAAAAAAAAAGAGAGGGGAGAACCGGAGAAGCUUAGAGACUUCGAUUAAGAGAAGAAAUGGGAGUGGUGGCGAGGAGGAGAGACGCGGAGGCGGAACUGAACCUGCCGCCGGGGUUCCGCUUCCACCCGACGGACGAGGAGCUCGUCGUGCACUACCUCUGCAGGAAGACAGCCAGCCAGCGACUGCCAGUGCCGAUCAUCGCGGAGGUCGACCUCUAUAAGUACAACCCGUGGGAUCUUCCAGAGAAGGCGCUGUUCGGGCAGCGGGAGUGGUACUUUUUCACGCCGAGGGACCGGAAGUACCCGAACGGGUCGCGGCCGAACCGGGCCGCUAGGAGCGGGUACUGGAAGGCAACGGGCGCCGACAAGCCGGUGGCGGCGCCAGGGACCGGCAAGGCGGUGGCGAUCAAGAAGGCCCUGGUCUUCUACCACGGCAAGGCGCCGCGGGGCGUUAAGACGGACUGGAUCAUGCACGAGUACCGGAUCGCCGACUCGAAUCGCUCUCCGACCAAAAAGGGCGGCGGCGGCCUGCGAUUAGACGAUUGGGUGCUGUGCCGGUUGUACAACAAGAAGAACAGCUGGGAGAAAAUGCAGAACCCCAAAACCGAGGCCGCCGCUGAGUCAUCGGAGACCAACUCCGACAGCCUUCGAACCCCAGAAUCCGACAUCGAGCACGAAGGCUUCCCUCCCGACCUCGACGAUCUAAUGCAAUAUCGCCCGUCUGAAGUCCACAGUGGAUUCGAUCAAUUUCUGACGCUGGACGAAAAGCAGCUCAAGGAGGAGACCGACUGGAUGUUCCUGGACGACUUACACACUCCGUUCGCCGGCAUCGAAUCCAUUGAUGUGCUGAACCAGUCAGACUCCUACUUCCCGUCGACCUUCUCUCCGUUGUCGAAGUCGAGCUUGCCUCCAUUUUGACAUGAAAUGGGUGGUAAGAAAACAGAGAACUCUGUUUUGUUUAUAGAUUAUAAGGGUGGGUUAGGAGCUUAGGAAAGAGUGGAUGAGAAAAGGGGUAGUGUAAUGUAGCAUUCGUUUUUGUUUUCCACCAUUGUUUUUAGAAUUUAUAGUCUUAUAUUUUAAUUAAAAUAUGUUGAAAUAUUAGGGAUGAAGAUUAGUGAUAAUUUUUUUUAUAUUUUAA